AUGUUUGACAAAUGGCAGUUCAAAAGACUAAUCAAACUACCAAAACACCGGGGCGUGGUAUGGAAUCCACGGCUUUCAUUAUACCUAGUCUUAGGUGAUAAAACGGUGAGCGUGAAUCGAGCCAUUGAUGGGCAACGCAUCGCGGCGGUAAACCUUCGAGGUGAUGGCCAAUUGAUAGGGGCUCAAUGGGAACUUGCAGAAGGGAAGCUAUUUGCUCUUUUUUUUGGUAAUGGAGCUGUAAGAAUCUACGACUGCGCUACAGGCGGAAGUUUGAGGGAGGUUGUUGACUUGGUAGACGAAGGCCAGUCCGCAGACGUUACCGUGGACACAGCUGUGUGGAGUGGAGCGCAAUGGGCACAGUUCCGACAAGAAUACAAAGGGCUCAAUAUCGAAAUUACAAAGCAACUACCAGGAAUGGUGAGGCUUGUACGAGAUGCGAAGCAGCUAAGUGUCGUACCUCUUGAGACAGGAAAACUCCGGUGGUUAGCCGAUCCAGGAAAAGAUGCUGCGAUUUUCUUGGGACAUGACGAAAAAUCCGGGGACUACUUAAUGACGGUUGACGGGCUUUUGAGCGUCCGUGUGCCGAGUGGCAUCAAGAAAAUGCAUAAGAUUCUGCGACAAGGUGAGGAUGGGACCUUCGUGGGCGUGGGAGCUGAUGGGACCGUGCAGUGGGUUGUUCUGCGGUUUUUGAAUUCUGCCCUUAUGCGUGAGCUGAUCAGGUACUCAGGCCAGAUACGGUUUCUUUGCAGUUAUCUCACUGAAAAUAUCAAUAUGUGCAAGACAGAUCUAAUCGAACCAUACCGUCAGUUUCUCACGCGUAUUGCAGAUGCAUAUGAAGGCGGAGAGCUGGCAAGCCGCUUUCGCGACAUCAUCCUCUCAGGUUAUAUCCCUGAAGACCUUGAAGACUGGUUGUGCAACAGCAUUGGCGAUAAAAACUACAAGCGGUGGAAGCAACUCUCAACUCGGAUGUAUGGGGAUUUGAAUAACGUUUUGGCGCUAGCAGUCAUACCGGCUUGCGAGCGUUUGAUACUUGCUGCCGAGCAGCUGCAGGGGAUUCACAAAGGUCUGAAAUUACAGGAGUUUGGUCUUGCGUCCCCACAAGAAUUCGAAAGUGCCGAGGUCACCGAACUGAUUACCGGGUGUCAAGCACUUCUCCACGCGAGCUUGGAGCUAGUAGUUGACCUGAACCGUGACACGCGGUUGCAUGCUAUUUUUGCGGACUGGUUUUACGAUGUCGUGAUGGAAACUGUGGACGAAGACUACAAGCGGCCGCAGAACCGCGACAGCCACCAAGACUGCUAUGGUGACCGCGCUUUGGCGCUAGAUCAGUACAUAUCACACUGCUGGGAAAACUCAGAGGUAUGGACGCGGUUUGAGCGACUGCUGCCACAGCUUGCAGCGGACGCCGAUAUCAGCGCUACGAAACUGGACCACAUUUACACUCGGGCUUGGGUCUUAGAGCAAGUGCACGUGACCUCUCCCGUCCGCGCCUGCGACGUGGAUUCUGUAGAGGUGCUGGAUGUGCAAGCCUGCAAUAAAGUUAUUAUGGUAUGCAGAGUCCAGACCAAAGAGGGCUCUGGGGCUACUGUAGUGACAGUAGAGCCACCGAUCGCGGAUGCAGAACCUGUCUUGCAGAGCAUGAAACUGGGCAUGGAUCACGUGAUAAAAGCCGCGCUUGUCCUGCCUGAAGGCGCUGCCGACAAUACUGCAGUAGUAGUUGCACUCCAGCAUAGUGGGCAGCAAAAUGCCAGUGUGCGUGCAAGCUGCGUGCAGUUUGGCGCACAUGUUAUGCACAGUGAGCAUAGCUGGGAAGAGCUCGCGCCAAAGAACGAGGCACAUGAGCCAGUGGCCUUUCUUCCCGUGCACGUGAGCGCAACGCGGGAUGGCGUAGCCGUCCAUAGCGAUACUGAUGUUGCUGUGUUCGAGAAUAUCACGUGA